AUGGAGAGGAGAGAGUUAACAUACAAGAUAUGUCUGAUAGGGGAUGGAGGAGUUGGAAAAACAACGUACAUAAACAGGGUGCUUGAUGGAAGGUUUGAAAAGAACUACAAUGCAACAGUUGGAGCAGUGAAUCACCCCGUGACGUUUCUUGACGACCAAGGAAAUGUAAUAAAGUUUAAUGUGUGGGACACUGCGGGGCAGGAGAAGAAGGCGGUUCUGAAGGACGUAUACUACAUAGGAGCCAGCGGAGCCAUCUUCUUCUUUGAUGUGACGUCGAGGAUCACGUGCCAGAACCUUGCGCGAUGGGUUAAGGAGUUCCAAGCGGUUGUUGGUAACGAGGCACCUAUAGUCGUCUGUGCUAACAAGAUCGACAUAAAGAAUAGGCAGAAGAUUAGUAAGAAGCUGGUGAUGGAGGUGUUGAAGGGAAAGAACUACGAGUACUUUGAGAUCAGCGCGAAGACUGCGCAUAACUUCGGGCUUCCGUUUUUGCACCUGGCAAGGAUCUUUACCGGAAGGCCGGAUCUUAUAUUUGUGUCGAAUGUGAAUCUUGAGCCAACCGAAGUCAAUUACGACUAUCAUAGUCCUGAGGAGUCGAAAUACAUUGACUACAUGGAGCAGGCGUCGAAGAUGGCUCCAGAGGAGUAA